GGAAGAAACACCCGGAUUAAAAACUGGAAAGUUGAGUUCAGCAGUGCGCGUAAGAACAUGUGCGCGACUGCGCAAUACAGAACUGCCUUUUCCAACAGGUGCCUUUGAGAGAUUCCUCUCUCAGAGCUAUUUAACGCAUUCUCAAACCGAACGUCAGAAGAAUGAUGGAAAUACUUUUUCUCAACAUGUCAUAGAUCAUAAAAUAAUACGAAAACACCUUAAACUGGAGUAAAACUUUUGUGCGCUCCCAUUAGGAUUUACGCAUGGAGAAACGUUCGCUUUUAUGGAAAUAAUCCAUACACAUUCUAUUAACUGAUAUCGUUUUCUCUCUUUUUUUUUUAUUUUUUUUUUUAAAUCAAAUGAAUUAAUCGAUACAUCUUAGAUACUGAUUCUGAACAGAGUGGUUUUGUUUUCCUGCACUGGAUCUCCCCAACGUGAUCUUAUCGUAUAUGGGAGUAUCCUCUCCUCUUCUCCAACAUCUGUGAUCGGUUGGAUUGAUUGGGAAUACAACUACAGCUCAAAUACAGCUCUUGACAGGGACACUGUUUUGCUCUAUUAAUAAUGACCAUCACAUUGAGAUCUCCAAACUGAUAACUUGGGCUCAGGUGAAAGUCUGAACUUGAGGACGAUGAAGACAGUUUCAUAUAUUCUUGCUGCGUUGAUCUUCUGGAACUCAGCAGCCUGUGUAAGUGGAGAACAAGAACCCUUUCUAGAGCCCUCUAAGUCCCCCUGGGAUCUGCAGUCUUUGGCAGAGGAGGAAACGCGUUUACCCUGUCGAUUCAAUGUAUCAAAGAGUGAGAUUAAGGUGGUGCAGGUGCUGUGGGUUCGAGUGAACUCAAAUGGAGCUGAAGAACAGAUUAUCACCGCUCAUUUCAGUGAAGGACAGACAGAAAGCCCUGCAUAUUCAGGGCGUGUGCGAUUCCAGACCAGUGACCCAAUAGCAGACUCUGCUCUGAUUAUUAUGCGCACAACUUCUGCAGAUGAGGGCAAAUACGUCUGCAAAGUCGCCACCUUCCCUGCUGGAAACUUUGAGGCAAAGAUUUCGCUCACAGUGUGGACUAAACCCAUAACCUCCCUGGAUCCAUUCAUCCUGGUUGAGGGCCAGUCAUUCCGUCCGGCUGCUACAUGUCGUUCGGUGGCUAAGCCAAUGGCAGCCCUCUCCUGGGACACAGAACUCCCGGGUCAGAGUCAGAACCGGAGCUUGGAUGGUAUGGUGGCCUCAAUUCAGUUUUCCCUCCACCCUCUCCGUAACAUGAACGGACAGAAGCUGGACUGUCUGGUCUGGCAUGCAUCUCAAAAUGGCCCCCAGAGGAUCGCCAAUAAACUUGUAGUACACUACCCUCCGAAUGCACUGAUAUCUGGCUACGAGGACAGCUGGCACGCUGAAAUGCAAGGUGCCACACUACAGUGCAACGGUGAAGGAAAUCCGAAACCUCACCAAUUCAACUGGACGAGGAAAGGUGAAGCUCUACCAGAGGGUGUGACGGUGGACGGCGGCACUCUGCGCUUUUCUAGGCCCCUCCUCUUGACAGAUCAAGGAGAUUACGUCUGCACAACCACCAAUCUGGUGGGAUCUGGAAGAGCUGAGAUUUCAAUAAGUAUAUCAGAGUCGCCUAAUGAGCACACAACAGUGAACUACAUGCUGAUGAUUAUUAUUGCUGGUGUUGCUGCAGUGGUCGUUCUCACUCUUAUCAUAGUAAUAAUUUCAGUAAACCGCCACUAUAAACGCAAGAAUCAACAACUGGCCAUAGAGCUGAAUGAAAAAAAGGAGGAAAUCAGCACUCUGUCAAGACAAGCCUCGUUUAGGAGAGUCAACUCAGGUAGCACAGACAACAGAUACUCGGAUGACAAUCAUCCUUUAAGAGUCGAAGGGACGAUACGCACAAGUCUCUCCUCACUGGAUCGUCCUCGCUCUAGGGAUAGUCGUUCCACACUAGGAGGGUUGGAUUCUCUCGGUCGCCCUGCAAUUUAUAACACAUCCAGAAGAGGUCGAGACAAACUGAUGGAAAGAUCUGAUAGAGACUCCACUCGAAUGAUGAUGAUGGAGUCUUAUGAACAGGACAGUAACAUGUCACAGGAAACCCAACUUCUCCCUCCUCUCCACCCCUCUUCUUAUUCAAUGGACCAGCACGUUGAAAUUGGUCGAUCUCGGAACGGCAGUGCCAUUCUCCCGGCAGAGGGGAGGCCGCAAUCAGGAGGAAGCACCAGAGGUGGCAGCAGAGGGCAUCACUCACCUUUAGUGUCUAAAUACCCGACUCUUACAGAUGAAGAGGAAGAAGAUUCUGUUAGCCCUACGGAUUCAGGAGUCCACAGAGGUUUAAUUGAGCCCGAUGGUUUUGAAAACGGAGGCAGCGAGACAACGAGUUCUCAGAUAUCUGAGGCGCUAUCCAAUCACUUUGAGCACACUAAUGGCACACUACGGCCCAAGUCGAAACCCAACAACAUCCUGCUCCCGGCCAACGCAACACAUUUCCUCCCACAGCAUAGCCCAACUAUCCACAAAGCUCAGAUCGUUUAGUGUUUGUUUGGAAACAUCUUGCAUUAGAAGAGUCUUACAUUUAUCGGCAUUUAAACUCAGUUGAUGUUACAGGAGAAGGAUGUGCUCUUCUGUAAAUUCACUUUUCCAAGGGCUGUGUCUUGACAAUAACUUACCCAAAAAUGGAUCUAUUAUAUCAACUUUUACAUGAGUACAUUCCCAAGAUGGCAAAAACAUGGACAGAACUAUCAGGCCGUCAUCUAACCAAACUCAAACCUGAAAAACAAUACCAGCAUUACUCAAAUAGUCCCUCAAAUAGUUGCAUAAUCCAGUAUGUAUUCUGGAACUGGGACGCUUGAGCAUUAUGGGGCACAACAUGUGUUUCAGGUACAGAUUAACCAGACCACCAGAGUUGAGCUCCUCUGUGUGACCAGGGAAUGGAAUUAAGAUCUUUUUUUAUAAUUAUUGCAACAUAAGGCUUCACUUGAAUUACUGUUGAGGGAGAAAUACUACAUGAACAGUUUUCUGGUCAGUUAAUCCUUCACUGUGACUUUAUGACCUUAAUGUCUAUAAUCCAAAAUGAUGUAAAAUGGUGUUUUAAAAUGUUUUUUUUUAUGUGUCUUUUGUGUGUUUUGACUGGAAACUACCCAGUGCAUGAAUAGUAUUAUGAAGUAUCGCAUUACCAUAUUUUGAGAAUGACUCCUGCAUGUUCACAAAAUGUAAUUGCAGGAGUGACAUUGUCUUUGUUUACAACAUUUAAACUUCAUUAUGUACUAAAGCUUUAGUUUUAAUAAGUAGGUAGUGUUACUGCAAGCUCCUGAGAUACUCCUGUGACCUUUCUAUCUAACAAAAUAUAAAGCCUUAAAUGGGUCCUGAUGGUAAGUAAUUUUGGUGUUUUCAGUUCACUGCAUUGUAUGGGGGUGGCGUUAAUGACCAGUUAUUAAAUCAAAACUAAUUAUA